UCAGUGUCAUUAUCAAAUUCAAUAUUGUCGUGCAAGUUUUUAACUCAUGUUGUGCAAUUUAUCUUGUAAUUUUUGCAAUAUCUUCUGAGGUGUCCACCUUCUAAAUUGUCAGUAUACUCUAAGGACAUUGUGUUGCAAGUACGUCGAAAAAGUUAAGUGAUCUCUGUCACAAUGAGGCUCGUCGAUUCUUCAAAACUUUUAGAACUUCAAAACAAACCUACAAAUAUUCGAAAUAUUUGUAUCGUGGCGCACGUGGACCACGGGAAAACGACUUUGGCAGACUCUCUUGUGGCCAGCAAUGGGAUAAUAUCGCAGCGGAUGUCUGGGAAGCUGCGGUAUAUGGACAGCAGGCCUGAUGAGCAGGAGAGAGGUAUAACCAUGAAGAGUAGCAGCAUAGCCUUGUACCACUGCGUGGACCAGCAGGAGUACUUGGUAAACCUGAUAGAUUCACCAGGGCAUAUCGAUUUCUCAAGUGAAGUGUCCACUGCGGUCAGACUCUGCGAUGGAGCUAUUGUUGUUGUGGAUGUGGUAGAAGGUGUAUGCCCACAAACGAGGCUGGUACUCAAACAAGCAUACUCGGAGAACAUCAGAGCAGUAUUAGUGCUGAACAAGAUCGACAGGCUCAUACUAGAGAUGCAGCUAACACCAUUGGAUGCAUAUGUGCAUUUGAUGCAGGUCUUAGAACAAGUGAAUGCGGUUAUGGGAGAACUGUUCACUACAGAGGUUUUUGAGAAUGAGGAGUCUACUAUGGAGAAGGAGCAACAAAAAGAAAAAGUAGAGAAGAAGGAAGACAAUAACUUCUAUGAUUGGACCUCGGCUCUAGAUGAUGCUGAUGACUCCAAUCUUUACUUUGCUCCAGAGCAUGGCAAUGUGGUGUUUGCUAGUGCCGCUGAUGGCUGGGGUUUUACUAUACAUACGUUUGCUAAAUUGUUCUCUGAGAAACUUGGUGUAAAAGAAGAAAUCUUAAGAAAAGUGUUAUGGGGAGAUUUCUACCUAAAUUCCAAAACGAAACGCUUCAUGAAGGGAGCUCAAGAAAAAGCAAAGAAACCGCUUUUCGUUCAAGUCAUAUUAGAUAAUCUGUGGAAUGUCUACGAAACAGUAGCAAUGAGAAAUGAGAAGGAAAAAGUCCCAGUUAUAUGUGAAAAACUUGGCAUAAAACUAACUACAAGGGAUUUAAGACAUACAGACUCUAGGGUACAACUUCAGUCCCUAAUGGUACAGUGGCUCCCUCUAUCAAGCACAGUACUUAACAUGGUUUGCGAAAAACUCCCAUCACCGAAAGAAAUACUCCCAGAAAAAGUAGAAAAACUAAUGUGCUCAAGAAUACGUGACUUUAACUCGUUUUUCCCUGAAACACAGAAAUUAAAAGAAGACUUUUUAGCCUGUGAUAGUAGCGAAGAUAGACCAAUAAUUAUUUUUAUAUCGAAAAUGUAUAAUGUUGAUAAGAGUAUAUUGCCGGAGAAUAAGCCUAAAGUUCUGACGGCUGAGGAGAUGGCUUUGAGGAGGGAGAGAGCGAGACAGCUGAGGGAAAAGAAAGAGAACAAUAUAGUAGAAGCUGCUCCUUUAGAAGAAGAGAAAAAAGAAGAUGAUGACGUUGAAAAGACCAGUGAAGAAGAGCAGCCAGUAUUCAUCGCAUUUGCUAGAAUAUUUAGUGGGAAAGUUAAGAAAGGGGACAAGGUUUAUGUUCUGGGCCCCAAACAUGACCCCGCCAAAGUACUUAGUAAAGACUUCCAAGUAGAUCCUAAUAAGAAACUUAAAGACUUGCUGAGUGAUGAGCAUAUUACUUGUACUGAAAUCAAAUCCCUGUAUAUUCUAAUGGGACGAGAACUAGAAAUGAUAGAUGAAGCAAUUGCAGGGAAUAUUAUAGGUAUCGGCGGUUUGGAGGACCACGUACUUAGAACAGCAACGUUAUCCAGUACAAUAGCAUGUCCGGCAUUUAGUGAGAUGCAAUACUCAGUAGUACCGAUAUUGAGGGUGGCUUUAGAACCUACCUACCCAUCACAACUACCUCAAUUGGUUAAAGGUUUAAAACUUCUUAACCAAGCAGAUUCUUGUGUGCAAGUGCUACUGCAGGAGACGGGCGAACACGUGCUGGUCACGGCCGGUAAAAUACACUUAGAAAGAUGUCUAGAAGAUUUAAAGAAUCAAUACGCAAAAAUACCAAUCACAGUAUCAGAACCAAUAGUUCCAUUCAGAGAGACAAUAGUAGAACCGCCAAAGAUAGACAUGGCGAACGAAGAAAUUGACGCCCAAAACGUUAUAGAUAAGUCCGAAGAUAAAGACGUAGACCCAGUUAUAACGGUGUACACAAAUAACAAACAAAGUAGGAUAAAGAUUAGAGCAAAACCAAUACCGAACGAAAUAACGGCUCUACUAGACAGAUCAACUGAUUUACUCAAAGCAAUUUCUCAACACAUAAAAACAUUGCAAGGAUUACACAAAAAUGAUACUUUAGAAACGAAAUUUGAAGGUUUACAAGUUAAUGGAACGAAGCAUAAACUGUCCGAUCGUAUGUUGAAACUAAUUCAUACUUUCAAAGAGGAACUGCAGACUAUAUGUGAUAAAUUAAGUCCAGAAUGGAAGGAUGUGGUCAAAGAAAUAUGGUCUGUAGGACCUAGGAAUUGUGGGCCAAAUUUGCUUCUCAAUCAGACUGGAGAUUAUAGGACGAAGUAUCUUCAUCAUGAGCAAGAGAUUAAGGAGGAUCCGAGGUUUGAGUAUGAGAGUAGUUUUGUGAAUGGUUUCCAGUUGGCUUCUUUGGCGGGGCCAUUGUGUGAUGAGCCAAUGAUGGGUGUUGCGUUCUGUGUCGAAGAAUGGUCCCUGGAUAAAUCUGCUGGAGAUGAUAUGGCACAUUUUGGACCACUGUCAGGUCAAAUCAUGUCAACAGUAAGGGACGCAUGUAGGAAAGCCUUCCAAGCCCAACCUCAGCGUCUGAUGGCAGCCAUGUACACCUGCGACAUCGUCGUCGACCAGAAAGUAUUAGGAAAGCUGUACGCAGCGCUCGGUCGGCGCGGUGGCCGUGUGGUCGGCAGUGACCUGCAGAGCGGCUCCGCUUCGUUCCGAGUGCAGGCUCUGCUGCCCGUCGCCGAGAGCUUCAAAUUCGCACUGGAGUUGAGGACUCAUACGUCUGGACUCGCUGCUCCUCAGAUGUUGUUCAGUCAUUGGGAGGUAAUUGACAUCGAUCCGUUCUGGAAGCCGCGUACUGAAGAGGAGUACUUGCAUUGGGGGGAGAAGUGGGACGGAGUGAACAGAGCGAAGGCCUACAUGGACUCAGUGAGGGCUCGCAAGGGACUGGCUACGGACAAACAACUUGUACAGCAUGCUGAGAAGCAGAGAACACUGUCCAAAAACAAAUAGACGAAUAAGGCCUAAUCCCCUACCUUAUCCCAAAAGGCCUCUCCUCUAGUGACCCCUAAGCCCCCUAAGAAGACCGGAAGAGAAGACCGGCAACACACUUAAGUAUAUUCCCUCUAGUGUUGCGAGCAGGCGACACGAACUGCUUACCAUCAGGUGAUCCGUCUGCUCGUUUGCUUCCCUAUCCCAUAAAAAAUAUACUUAUAUUGUAUACAUAUAGUCACCUAUGGAUGCCUUAAUAUUUAAGCAGCAUGAUCAAUGCAAAUGGUAAUUACAAGUGUCAAAUUCAGGACCUUUAGUACGAGUUUGCGACACGAGAGCACGUUCGGCGCUCUAAUUGCCCGGCUCAAAUAAAACAACCAAUCAGAUCGCCGAACGCGCUCUCGUUUCGAUUACUUUAAACGUAAAUCAAACUCAUACUAAGGUUACUGUAAGCAAACAUACCUAUUCCUGUCAUAAUUGUCGAUCUAAACACUAAAUCCACAAUCGCAUGGUGAUUAACUUAACGUUUAAUUUUCUUAACAAAUGUCAGCAUUAUGUAUGUAUGGCCAAAUCGCAUUUGAUAUUAUGUAUGAGCUGCAAAAAUAUCUCUACAAGUCUACAUGGCAACUAUACGAUGAAUAAGUAAAUAAAAUAAUGAAUUGUGUUAGUAAUAUGAUAUUAAACGAAUUAUGAUUUUAUUUCUGUACAGUAAGCACUAGGCAUGUAGACAAUGCGUGCUUUGAAGGCUAAUUCUUACGUAACAAUAUUAAACUAUAUUUCGGUACUUAGUUGCUUGUCACAAAUAACAAAGUUUUUCUGCAAAAGAAUUUCUUAUUAUGAGAAAUUAUUGUUCUAAUUUGUAACGGUAAAGAAUUUUACAUGCGAACUAAAAAUAACUCGUGACGUACAAACGAUGACGUCAAAUGGAAAUCUAUUAUUAACUUGAAAUACUUUGAAUGUUUGAUUGUGGUAUGCCACGGUAAUGUCAACCUUAAUGGCAAAUUAAUAAAGCUGGCUUAGCUGGUUUAUUUUUGUGGUUCAUAGUUGUUACGAAUGAAUUUAUUGUAAUUAUUUUCGUUAUACAUCGAUUGUGUUCUGAAAUAAAUACUGUUUAAUAGUGUAGGAGUCGUUGAAAUAGAAAUAGGUAAUUCUUCUUUCGUAAUUUAAAAUUAAACAGUGAGUAAAAAUAGGCAAGUCUUACCACUGCACUGAAUUAGUUUGUGUACUUACACGCCAUAUACAUAUUAUAUCACGGAUUAAACAUCAAAUAUUUAAAGUUACAUAGUGCCAAAACAUUUUUGUAUUUAUAUCAAAUCAGGUUUACAAUUACCUAAUUCCUAAAAAACUAAAAUAUAACAAGGAGUACUUGUAAGAUAUUGGUUUAUGAAUGACUCAUAGUAAAUGUAAGGAAUAGUACAUAUCGACGGUUGAAAGGUUUAUUGAUCUAAGCGAUAUUUUUUUUGCGAUAUUGCUUUAUAUACAUUAUUCGAUGGAGACAAAUUCGCUGAUUCCGAAUAUGUAUAUAACUGAAUAUUGCAAAAAAAUAUACUUACAAUAAUUUUGUUAGUCUUUCAACCGUCGACAUGUAAAAAAUAUGUCCUAGUAUCGGCUUAUUUCUUCCUACAUUGAAUUUUGCUUUGGCAGAUAUUAACCUCAUAAUAUUGUAAUAAUAUUACCUCUUUUAUUAUUUAAUUGUUAUCCUAAUAAAUUUUAAGUUAUUCUAGUAUACUUUAUACUUGUUAGAAAAUGAUUAGGUACAUCAGUUGUGUAUAAAUAUUGAAGUAGAACUUUGUAGUUAUAAAUACAUAGUAUUUAUUAUGAAUAGUUGUCUUACAAAUUGUAUUUAAUGUACUUUUCAUACUCGUAUUUUUAAUAUAAUGAUAGAAAAAUA